AUGACUUUUAGAAUCCAUACCUGGGCUAGGCUAGCCAUUGCCCUGAGCCUCUUUACCGGCUGCGAGGCGAAUCCGGCACUAUUUCAUCCUCAAGGCCGAGACGAUAUUUCCUUCACAGUAGCAGUAUCGAAUGCAACAAACUCCUCUGGAACGGAUGCCUUGUUUCUUCAAAUCCAAGCACCCAGCACGGUUCAAUGGGUCGCUCUUGGCCAAGGCGACCAGAUGGCGGGAGCGAGAAUCUUCCUGGUCUACGCCUCUUCCCGGACGAACGUGACCGUCUCGCCUCGUACGGGAACGGGGCAUGUGCCCCCAGAAUUCGAUCCGGAGAUUCCCAUCUCUCUCCUAUCGGGGACUGGAAUCAAUGAUGGGGUCUUGACAGCCAGGUUCGAGUGUCAGAAUUGUCUGGACGGUCAUGGAGGCACAGCCAAUUCAACCGACGCCAUCAGCAGGUGGAUCUGGGCAUAUAAAAACGGCAGCCCUAUAGAGUCAGACGACACGUUGGCGACGAUUGACUUUCACGAUUCCUUCGGAGGAGCAGUUGUUGAUUUGAGCUGCGCACAGUCAACGUUCGAUAGGGAUCGGGACCCUUUCUCAAACGCUUCCUCGGACUGUGCUCAUUCCAUUGACGAACUCGCGAGCUCGGAAAACUACUCCCUGUCAACUAUGGCGAUCGCGCACGGCUGCCUCAUGUCAGUUGCCUUCGUCCUGCUGUUCCCGAUAUUUGCUCUUCUCGUUCCCCUUUCGGCCGUUAUGCCCAUGCCAGUGAUGGUCGUGCAUGCCCCGCUGCAGGGCCUCGCACUUGCCAUCGCAAUAGCCGGGUUCGGCCUCGGGCUCAAGCUGUGGUCGGAUGGAGGCAGUCCACCGGCCGCGCACCCGGUUAUCGGUACCGUCGCGGUGGCGAGUCUAGCUCUCAUACAGCCUAGCCUCGGGUUGCUUCAACACAAGCACUUCAAGCGGACAGGGCAGAAGAGCUGGUUUGCGUACGUGCACCGCUGGUUUGGCCGUGGAAUGAUCGCCCUCGGUAUUAUAAACGGGGGGAUUGGCCUCUGGUGGCUGGGAUUCAGCACAGGGCCGCUGCGAACGGGAACGAUUGUAUACGGGGUGGUUGCCGGUAUCGUCUCCGUGAUUUAUGCCGGUGUGCAUAUAUAUAUCGGGAUUGGUGGUGCAGAACAGUUUGAGGAUGCGCAUGGUGUUGAGCAUCAGGACGGAUUGCCUGCAGAGAUGAGACAGAGCGCGACUACAAAUGGUGGAGCUCAGUUGCCUGACGAUAUACCACGUACUGGUGAAUAUCUGAUAGGAGAGCCAACUGAGCAGAGUUUCAAGCUUUAA